CAUUAACCUUACUUACCGCAUCCGCUGAUCGCGGUCAAGUUUUUCCAAGAGUGUAAGAGACGUGUAUUUUCAUUGGCUUUGUGCAACUUUUUGAAAUGAUAUUGACCAAUCAGAUUUAGUGUAUCUAAAAGCAAUCGAUCUUGACUUGACUGAGCCGAGCGCUUGAAGAAGAACAAGACGUGAUGAAGCAAUGGAUUAUUUUGGCAAUUUGAUACUGACACCAGGAGAUGUACGCAUUGACAACAGUGAACACCCUAUGCCGUCUUGGCCAUUUUUAUUGAUUGAAGAGGUGAUUAAUUUAACAGAUACUGUACAAGUUGGAUCCUCAGCAAAUCAGUUCUUUCUAGAGUUGAACGUUGGACAGUUUUUAUGUUUAGCACAAACUGCAACAAAUUUUGAAAUUUAUGGAUUGACCGUGUUGUCAAAUCAUACAUGGCAUGAUAUUCUUACAUGUUGGAUGUCACACUUCUCGGGGAAACUUUACAAAGUCAACGCGUUACGGGCUUUACACAACAGGAGGCUUAAGCGAUUUAAGGAAUUACAGAAAAGAUACAAUGUACGUGGGGAUGAGAAAGUGAAAACUGUGCUCCUUGAAUACCUGGCUUCUCCAAUAUUUCCCAAACAGAAACAUGGUGUUACUCCUGUCACCUCUGAAUCGUCAGAAUCUUGUACAUCAGUCUCAGAUCAUGUGCCACUGUCCCAAACACAGAUUAUGGAGAACAAGUCAGUACCUUGUACACCAGUUUUCAAGAACAGAACACCGUCCAGGUCACGAACACUGUCUAGCACACCAGUAAUGCGGCAUCCUGUUUUCUUACGGGAAAAUGGUGUACCAAACUUAGUGAAGGAAAACAGGUCAUUGAAAUUAGACAGCAACCGAAAGGAGAUAAAACUUCAGGAUGUCAUGGAUGAAAAAAACCUUUUGGAUAAAACCUUGAAAAUACGAGACGUUGAAAUCAAAAAGUUACGAACAGUUGUAAAUUUGGACCUGAAUGCUGAAAACCAAAAACUAAAAGAAAGAAAUUCAACUCUGUUUGCAAGAACCAAACGUUUGAAAGAUCUGGAAAGAAAAAGUAAUUUUCAAGACAGAAAAAUGGAGAAAAUGAAAUUGGAGAUCUCACGAUUGGUUGGAUUGGUCACCGACAAUGUUGAUGUCGGUGAAGUGAAAGAAAACAUGGAUCUGAAGCAGAUGAGUGACAGUGUAAAAGUAACAAAUCAGGUGCAUGGACUGAAAAGAAUAAUGAAAAAUUUGAAAAAGAGAAUUCAACGACGAGAGAAAAGUGUUUCCAAUUUGAAAAUGGAAUUAAGUAAAAGUAGGGACGAUUUUCAGACUGACCAAUAUUCCACAGAACUUUACUAUGAAGGAAUUGUAGAUACAAUGAAAAAUCAGCACAAUUUAUCUGUGAAAAAACUUUCUGAAGAACUUAACCAACUGAAAGAACUGGAGACACAGAAAAAUGGAAAGUAUAAAGCAGAGGUACGUCUCAUGUAUUAUGACCUUCUGUGCAAAGGCGUGUCGGCUAAUACAAUACAAUCAGUGGUGAAAACUGUGUUACAACAUACCACUGAGUUUGACCUGGAUACGCUACAGCUGCCUAGUAGAUCCACAGCCCAACGAAUGGUGUCCGAGGCUGGAGAAUUGGCAAAUAUUCGUGCCGCCUACGAGAUUGCAAAAGAAAACCGCUCACUGUGUCACAUGUCGGAUGGAACUACAAAACACCUGAUACAUUGGGGUUCGCAUGUUGUCAAGUUAAAACCACUUGGCGCCAACGAGUCUAAAACAUUUACACUUACUGUAAGUCCUGUGGCAUCUGGAAAAGCUGAUGAUUAAUGACUGGAACAAGAAACGAACAGACAAAACGACGCUUUUUAUCGACUCGGCCUCAAAAGCAAGCUUUGAUUUUGAAGCGUCGGCAAAAUCGUGAAAGAAAAGAGAAACGGCUAAGAGAAAAUUUAAAACGAGCCAAGACAGAACUCUGCCAAAGUUGUAAAGUCAUUAAAGUGCUAACAAAAACCCAAGUGCUUAAACAAUAUACUUUGUGGAGGUCCCUGUGUACUGCUGGCUCAAAUAUGAUCCUACGGGCUGAUGUUUUAAAGGGCUUCCUCAAAAAAACUUUGCAGGACCAGAGAAGGGCUCUGAGAACAUUGGUUUUAAAAAAUCCCUCUGGCGUAAGAGACUGUCAUACUCGUAUAAAUGAGUGUGCUGCCCCAUGUGUAUCAGACUGGAAUUCUUCAGAUGAGGAAACCAUUGACAUGAUGCGCCCAUUGGCAGAAUUUAAAAGGAUAACUUGGUCAUCGGAUGAGGAUGAGCCCUUGUGUGACAUUAUCCCAUUAAAACAUGUGUUGCAUUGAACAAAACAACAAACUGAAAUAACAGUGACAUUGCAAACUUUCCAAAUGAUAACUUUAUUUUGAUGUCAGUUUAACGUCGAAAAUUAGCAAAUUUUUGAUUUAAAAAAGAGUUAUCUCCCCUGUUUUUUUUAGUGUUUUCUUAAAAUGCCAGUUUAACAAAAUGUUUAAACAUUUUUGUAUUUCUUUCUGCAUUUUAUGUUACAGUAAACCAAACUGAACAAUUAUAAUCAAAAAUUAAAUGAAAUAAUUAAUUUUUUUAAAAAUGUGUCCGGUCCAUUUGCACUCUGUUUUUUUCCUGUUGUCAAAAUUGAAUGAUUUGUGAUUUUGAAGUGUCAUGUUUUUUCAAAAUAUCAAGAUUUCAUGCGCUAUUUGAUUAUAGUAUUAAUGUGUAUAUAUAUAUCAUUGUAAAUAAUCAUAAUAAAUGUUCCAGGACUCUUAGUUCUCUCGAAAUUUAAUAUGGAAAUCACUGAUGUGAACUAUGAUUUUAAGUGUUUUAAAUACGGAAAAUUACUUUUUCGCAGAUUUCAUGACUCUCUAGUUUUUUCAUUAAUAGAGAUAAUGUAAUGAAACGUUCUGUGCUUGUUCAUAUUAGUACAUUGAUUGCAAUAUGAUUGAAAUAAUGACUAUCUCACCUAUAAUAAAUAUUGUAUAUACAUUUGAAAAUGGUGUUUUGUUCCAAUUUUUUUAAGUACAUGGGCCUCCCUAACAUAGGUUAACGUUUUGUACAUUGGCAAAUGCUAUUAUAUCCUCUCUUCCUAUUUCUUCUCCUCUUUCUUCUACUC